AUCCUUAUCAUCAUUAGGCCUGUCCACAAGAGUUUGAACAUACAACCAGCAUUUACAGCCUUACAUUAUAGGUAGGUAGCUAGCUAGCCAAAUUUGACAAUUUGCAAGAAACAAACCAGCACAAAUACCAUUAAUCUGGGUAGUAGACCCAUCAAAUUUGCAGAGAAAGCAUGUUUUUGGAAUCUCUUAUCUAGAAGACUAGUUUGUUUAUAGAUCUAGAGAGAGCUUCUACUGCUGUUAUUCAUGGGAGAAAUUCAAGAAGUGCAGCUCCAGAUAAGAUAUCAAGAAUCAUCAGGAGUACAAGGAAAAUCGGCAAGUAACGAAGCUUUUCCAAGCAAGUUAUGGUCUUUGAAUGGAAUAAGACGAUACAACUGGUGGUUCAGAGUGAUACUUUACGCGUUUUUUCUCUUAUCCGGCCAAGCAGUAGCCACUCUUCUGGGUAGACUUUACUAUGACAAGGGAGGAAAUAGCAAAUGGAUGGCAACUCUGGUCCAGUCAGCUGGAUUCCCAGUCCUUUUUAUUCCACUUUUUAUCUUCAAAAUAUACUCACCGGUGACUAGCUCCACUACCAUCACUUCCAAAAACUCACCAUCUGUAUUUGCACUUACACUUCUCUAUCUCUCCCUAGGCAUAUUAUUGGCAGGUGACAACAUGAUGUAUUCAUAUGGAUUGCUAUAUCUUUCAGUUUCUACUUACUCUCUUCUAUGUGCAACCCAAUUAGCUUUCAACGCCAUCUUUUCCUAUUUUCUUAAUUCUCAAAAAUUUACUCCUUUCAUAUUCAAUUCUUUGGUUCUCCUCACCAUUUCGGCUUCACUUCUUGCCGCAGAACCCAACUCUGCAGAGACAACAAAAGAUUCGAAAGGAAAGUAUAUCGUCGGAUUCUUAUGCACACUCGGCGCAUCAGCAGGUUACUCCUUGUGGCUUUCAUUAACACAACUUGCUUUCCAAAAGGUGAUAAAAAAAGAGACAAUUACUGCUGUACUAGAAAUGCAAAUAUUUCCAUCCUUGGUUGCUACUUGUGUUUGUGUAGUCGGAAUUUUUGCCAGUGGAGAUUGGAAGCACUUAGAGAAAGAGAUGAAUGAGUAUGCAGAAGGCAAGGUUUCUUAUGUGAUGACUUUGGUGUGGACUGCAAUUACUUGGCAGAUAUCUUCUGUUGGUACAGUAGGGCUGAUAUUUGAAGCAACUUCACUCUUUACCAAUGUCAUUAGCACAUUAGGUUUACCUAUUAUCCCAAUUUUUGCAGUGAUAUUUUUUCAUGACAAGUUGAGUGGGAUUAAGGUGGUGGCGUUGUUUUUGUCCCUUUGGGGUUUUGUUUCUUACAUCUAUCAACAUUAUAUUGAUAAUAGAAAAUCGAAAGGCACAACGACUGAUGUUGAUCUAAAUUAAGAGAAAUAAUAAUGCCUCUUCUCUAUACGCUAUAACUUUUCAACCACUUGUUUUCCUCCA